AUGGAUUGGCAACUAACAUGUCGAGUAUGUCUGGAAACUGGCGAUAUGGUUUCAUUAUUUGAUUGGGAUGAAAAUAAUGAACAACUUGCCGACAAAUAUACCUACUGCAGCGGCAUAGAGGUUACUAAAAAUGACUCAUUGCCUACACUUAUUUGUCUAAAUUGUGUAGAUCGUCUAACAUUUGCUUAUCAGUUCAAACAACAAUGUAUUACUUCUACGGAAACAUUAAAAGAAUGUCUCGAAGAAUUUACGAAGAGCCAGGCUGAAGUUUCAGUACCAAAAAAAGAAAUUAAUGAUACAGAAACAAUUACAAUUAAGCAAGAGAAUGGUUUACUUCUUCAGUAUGAACUUCCAGUGGAACAUGAUCCACAGGCCCAAUGGACCCGUACUGUUACAAAGACUCCAAGCAGUGCAGUUAUUACUAAAGCACCAGGUCCAAGAAAAAGGGGACGACCAAGGAAAUAUCCAAAUGAACAGGGACAAAUUGAUGUUUCACCAUAUCAGCGCAAAAAACCAAAAGAGUCACAAAAGGAGGAAGAAUCUCUUACGUCACUGCUUGCAUCAGGCUCAUUGGAUCUAAAAGAGGAGCCUUUGGACGAUGACGAGCCUUUUGAAGCAGAUGGAUAUGAUGCAACUGAUGAUCCUGAUUUCAACCCUGCAACUGAGGAUCCAGAUUCUGAACCGGAGAUUAAGAAAGAGGAAACACAACCAAGAAAACGCGGUCGACCACCCAAAGUCCGCAUAGACUCAGCAAAGACAAAAUUGGAUGAUGGUGAAGAUGUGCUACUGAAGGAAACGAUCCUAGCAUUCUCGGAGCCCAUUCCAGACCAUAUAUUGAACCCAAAGCCUAAGAAAAAGAAACCAUCUCAGCAAAAAAAGAAAUAUUCGUAUGAAAAGACGCACACAUGUGAAACAUGUGGUUCUUCAUUUACGUCCAAUGCUUCCCUCCAGGCGCAUAUACGACGGCAUUUGGGCAUAAAGCCAUUUGUCUGCAGCGUUUGCGGGUACGCGUGCGUUUUGAAUAUGGAGUUGCGACGUCACAUGAUGCGGCACACGGGCGUGCGUCCGUACAAGUGCCGCAUUUGCGACAGACGCUUUGGCGACUUUGGCAGUCGGCAGAAACACGAGAGCGUAUGUAUGUUCGCGUGCGUUACUAAUGAGGCUCUCAAGAGACACAUGCUGCGUCACACCGGGGAACGUCCGUACAAGUGCCGUAUAUGCGAACGAUCUUUCGGUGACUAUGGUACUAGACAGAAACACGAAAGAUUACACAUGGGCCUCCGACCUUACCAAUGCUCAUUGUGUGGGAAGGCCUUCACCUACUCCUAUGUACUGGCUAACCACAUGCUGACUCAUACUGGUGAGAAGAAAUACUCUUGCGAGCCUUGCAAUAAGAAGUUCACAAAGGCACACCACCUCAAGUACCACAACAAAAUCCACCAUAAGGAGCUUUAUAUACAGCAGCAGUUAGAGCAAGAAGCAAAGAAGAUAAGACAACAGUUGAACGUCAACAAUUUAUCCGGAGUUAUAUCUGGACAGAUUGUUGAUGGCACUUUACAACUUGUACAAGCUUCUUCUGAGGAUGGUGAGCAAGAAACACAAAUGGAGGUGGUUGAAGAGCAAGAUCAAGACGAUAACGAAAAGGAGACCAAUCGUGCCGUUGCUGAUAUGCAAGCAGUCGUUCUUGAUGCAGAAUUUAUAGAGGAAGAAGAUAGCAAAGAUCAAUAA